UUCAAAUUAAUUGAUUCUAUUUAGUUUUAAGUUAAUUAUUUUAAUUACAAAUUUGAAUUUGAAUCGUUGCGCGGGCAUUCCGCCAUUUCGCCGAUGAGACGGCAGUCCGUACACGGUGCUCGCGCAUGCGCAAAGGGUAUGAGAGAGCACAUGUGUGAUUUAAUUUAUUUUUAUUUUUAUAAUUUAUGAUUUAAGCACAAACACGUGACUUUUGUUUGUUUUAAUUAUGUAUUUAUAAUUUUGAAUUAAUUGGGAUGCAUAAUCCAGCAUUAUAUUAUGCCCCAAAAAUUGACAACACAUUACUUUAUUUAAACUUGUCAUCCAACUGAUGACAUGAAUUGAUGUUUAUUAUGCGGGUUACUAUUAUUAAAUUUAUUAUCCGAUAUAAAGGAUUUAGAUGAAUAUUUCAUAUAUUUAAUUAAUUAAUUGUGUAUCAUUCAGUCGUCUGAGGAUUUAUGGUUGGUGUUUUAUAUUUAUUUGAUUUAAGUGAGGCCCAGGACUGACAAAUGUAAUUAUACUAAAAAUUAAGGGGACAGUAGUGUCAUGUAUGCGACGACCAACAGGUGGAGGUUUAGACAAUUAGUUUAGAAAGAUACGGACAAGCAUUGUGGACGGACGCGUUUAUUUUGCUGAGUUUUAUUGUUGAAAGAAAAUAAGUUGACUGGGUGAAAAACCGAAUAAUUGAUAGUAGUUUUUUUUUCAUUGUUAAAAAGUUCGUUGUUAUUUUGCUGAUUAUUGCUGAUUUUGAAUAUGCCGCUGACCAAGGAGGAGACGAUACGGUACGUCGAGACGUAUCAUGAGCAGCGUGGAAUCGGCAUGAUACCCCGGGGGUCCGAGACAUGGAAGGCCCACCUGACCCUACUAGUCGGAUUAAAAAUCGCCGCGCUAAAACGACAGCCUCGUCGCCAGAACCUACCACCAGGCUGUGCUCGAUGCGGUCAGUUUGGCCACCCAGCACGCCGAUGCACCAACCAACCCUUGGAGGACAAGCCAUUCUGCGAGGAAUGCCUCGCCUUUUACACAGGCGAGUGUAAAGGAGCCCACGGGCGGCUACACCUGGCAGCACGGGACCGGUGCAUGGUCUGCGCCACCAGACUAGUCAACGGACGGUGCCUCAACGGACAUGGGGGAAUUGGAGACCAGCUCAGUGAGCUGGAUUGGAUCGCCUGGCUCACACCUAGUUUGCACAUGCGUCGGGUGUAUAGCCUGGACCAACGUGGACCAAGUGACCCAAAAACUUCUCAGCUACAGCCCUAGGGAACAGUCCAUUUUUUUUUCUCUUUAUUUAUUAUAUGUGUUUAUUUCGUUUGUUUGUUAUUAGUUGUAAGACGCCCGGCACAUGGUGCCCAAUUUAGUGUACUAUCCUAAGCAUUAAAACGGCGCAACCCAAUUAAUUACUGAGUGCUUUAUUUGUAGUAAAGUGUGACACAAAUACCCUUGUUCCCUUUCACCCAUGGUCCGAGCAAGUUGAUAAGUGACAGGUUGGUCAAUUAUUCGUUGAGUUUUUCUUGGUAAGAAUUGUUUUUCUUUUGAUUUUGAUUUUGAUUAUUUUAUUUAUAUAUCCGGUACAAAAGAUCCAGGUGUAAGUAUUAGAUUUAAGGUUUUCAGGUGAUUGUACCGGCGAAAUGGAAUGCAGAGUCUCGCCCGCAUUUUUCGGGGCAAAACACGGCCUGGUGGGGGGGUGUCACGUAACGAUUCAAAUUAAUUGAUUCUAUUUAGUUUUAAGUUAAUUAUUUUAAUUACAAAUUUGAAUUUGAAUCGUUGCGCGGGCAUUCCGCCAUUUCGCCGAUGAGACGGCAGUCCGUACACGGUGCUCGCGCAUGCGCAAAGGGUAUGAGAGAGCACAUGUGUGAUUUAAUUUAUUUUUAUUUUUAUAAUUUAUGAUUUAAGCACAAACACGUGACUUUUGUUUGUUUUAAUUAUGUAUUUAUAAUUUUGAAUUAAUUGGGAUGCAUAAUCCAGCAUUAUAUUAUGCCCCAAAAAUUGACAACACAUUACUUUAUUUAAACUUGUCAUCCAACUGAUGACAUGAAUUGAUGUUUAUUAUGCGGGUUACUAUUAUUAAAUUUAUUAUCCGAUAUAAAGGAUUUAGAUGAAUAUUUCAUAUAUUUAAUUAAUUAAUUGUGUAUCAUUCAGUCGUCUGAGGAUUUAUGGUUGGUGUUUUAUAUUUAUUUGAUUUAAGUGAGGCCCAGGACUGACAAAUGUAAUUAUACUAAAAAUUAAGGGGACAGUAGUGUCAUGUAUGCGACGACCAACAGGUGGAGGUUUAGACAAUUAGUUUAGAAAGAUACGGACAAGCAUUGUGGACGGACGCGUUUAUUUUGCUGAGUUUUAUUGUUGAAAGAAAAUAAGUUGACUGGGUGAAAAACCGAAUAAUUGAUAGUAGUUUUUUUUUCAUUGUUAAAAAGUUCGUUGUUAUUUUGCUGAUUAUUGCUGAUUUUGAUGACUUGGAAGUAUAAAUAACGAUUGAGUUUAGUAGAGAGACCAGAGUGAGACCAGCUUUAAUUAUAAAAAUGAUCAAUUAUCCUGCGUUAAUUUUUGGCUUGGCUGGCUUAGCAGUAGUAAUAACAGGGUAUCCAAAUAAUUUUCCACGGGAUUGGUCAAAUAGCCGUAUUGUUGGUGGAGAAGAUGUUAAUAUUGAGGAAGUACCUUAUCAAGUAAGUGUUCAACUUCGAGGACGUCAUUGGUGCGGAGGCAGUAUAAUAUCGAACAAUUGGGUUCUUACGGCUGCUCAUUGUACCCAACUUCCUCAACGCAAGUAUUCAAUUCGUGCUGGUUCUGUGUGGGAUGAUCGUGACGGAAACGUCUACGAAGUUGACAAAAUAAUUAAUUAUCAUGAUUAUAGUGAUCAUUAUGAUGUGCCAGCAAAAGAUAUUUCUUUGGUUCAUGUGCGGAAACCAUUUGUCUUUGAUGAAACUUGUCAGAUAAUAGAGCUGCCUGAUCAAGGUGAAAAAGUUAAAAUCGGAGCAUAUUCUGUUGUCACCGGCUGGGGUGUGACGAAAAAAUUCCCCAUCAGUGGACGACUUCAAGCAGUAUCCGUUCCUAUUAUUAGUAUUAAAAGUUGUCGAAAGGCUUACGAGUUUGCUGAUAUCCCAGACCAUGGCGUAAUUUGUGCAAUGGCGCCAGAAGGUGGCAAAGACAGCUGUCAAGGUGAUUCCGGUGGACCAAUGGUCGUCGAUAGACGACUUGUUGGUAUUGUAUCUUGGGGAGUCGGAUGUGCUCUACCAGGAAAUCCUGGAGUUUAUACAGAAGUUCAAUAUUACCGCGAUUGGAUUAAAUCAAUUACUGGAAUCAUAUUUUAUCACUGGAAAUUAUUCCUCGAUAUGAAUCAACGAGCUAUCGUAUUACAACGAGAAAAUCAUAAGUCAUAUCGAUUCAUAAUUUCGUAUAAAUAUGCGAUGAAAUCUUCGAAACAGCAAACAGUAAGCAGACCACCGAAGAGAAUGUUCAAGUUUGUUUUCUCUGCUGCCUUAUUGGCUUUUGGAUUUGCAAAUGCAAUCCAUUGGUAUCCGCGAAUUAACCCUUUCACUCCUCACGGGCGUAUUGUCGGUGGAAAGCCAACGGAUGUCAAAGAAGUACCUCAUCAAGUAUCUCUUCAGGUUUACGGUUUUGCUUUCUGUGGUGGUACGAUAGUUGCCGAAGAUUGGGUACUUACUGCUGCUCAUUGCGCAGUUUAUUCUGCCAGCGCAAUCGAGGUUCGUGCCGGAACAUCAACAAAAGGUAGUGGCGGAACUCUUCAUGGUGUUUCAAAGAUUAUAGUACACGAAAAUUUCAAAACGAAUCGCUAUGGAAUCCCAAUAAACGAUGUCGCACUAUUGAAAUUAUCGACACCUUUUGAUGUCGAUGAGUUCCGUCAGCCAAUUGAUCUUUUCGAAUUCCGAGAAGAAGCUAUCGAAGGAAUUCAUUCGACAAUCACUGGAUGGGGUGCUACUGUAGAAGGUGGUUCUACUCCUGAAGUUCUAAAUACUGUCGACGUGCCAAUAAUCAGCAAAAAAGAAUGUCAUGAUGCUUACAUUUCAUUUGGAGGACUUCCAGAGGGCCAAAUUUGUGCAGCCUAUCCAGAAGGUGGUAAAGACGCUUGUCAAGGAGAUUCUGGUGGUCCUUUGACUAUCCAAGGUCGUCUUGCUGGAAUAGUAUCCUGGGGGAAUGGAUGUGCUCGUCCAGGGUAUCCUGGAGUUUACACUGAAGUUGCGAGUUUUCGCGAUUGGAUAGAUGAUAAAAUGGCCAUGUAAAUUAUAAUAUAAUUUACCGA